AUGGCGGUUUUCAGUGUUUCAUCGUUAUUUAUACUGGUGUUUCUCUUUCACUGUGGGGCAGCAAUAAUGUGUCAUCGCUGUAUGAGCUCCAUGGGUGGAUGUGGUGAUGAUGUCGUAUGGAGGAUGUACCCUUGGAGAGACUGUGGUGACAGUUACUGUGUCAAGGUCAUUGAGAAAGUUCCUGGCGAGGAACCAAGGUAUACUCGUGAGUGUGAAAACAAUUUGUUGAAAAAUACCCGCCAUCGACUUCGCAUGCCAGUUCUUCGCCGUCAUGGUUACUGCGUCCCUGCCCGUAAGAAUGACCCCUACAACCCUUUAGAUUCUGUGGAUUCGAGAUUCAUAUACUGCUUCUGCAACGAUUGGAAUGGCUGUAAUACAUCAACAAACAUCCGUAUGUCAUGGACACUUGUAGCAGGGAUGGGAAGUUUGGUACUUAUGCUGAUUUCCCGCUAUUUGUGA